AUGGGCUGCUCAAAUUCUAGUUCAAAAAUCGAUUCUGAGAAUCCGGUGAGUUUUUUGUUUGCCACGUGGCACCACAAAAUAAUUUUCAGGUUGAAAUUUCAGGUUAUCCAAAUCUUGUCAGGCCAAAAAUACGAGGGCCUCAAGUUCGGCCCGGAAUUCGACGUAUUCCUCGGCCUACCCUAUGCCCGGCCCCCAAUUUCAGGCCGUCGCUUCAAAAAGCCUGAAAAAAUACAGGAAAUCACGGAAAAUCCGGUGAAAUGUCAAAAAUAUCCGAAUCGCAGUGUUUACAAGGAGAUUUUGUGGGAAAGAUUUGUUCGGGGCUCGAAAACCAGCGAGGAUUGCCUGUAUUUGAAUAUUUUUGCGCCGAAAAUUGAGAAUCAAGGUGAAUUUUUUGAGAUUCGCAAGGGUUUUCGGAUCAUUUUAAUACCGAAAAACCUGAAAAUUCCGAAUUUUGUGCCACGUUGCAUUUUCAGUCAAAAUUGAGAGAAACAGAAAAUUUUUUUCAAAAAUCUAAAAUUUUGAACUUCUGAAUGUCAAAUUUAAAUUAAAAUAUUUUCAUUCAAAAAUUUUCAGAUUAUUCAAAAUUUUUUUUGAAAAUCUGAAAAUCUGAAAAUUCGAAUUUUCAUUUUUCAGUCAAAAAUUUAAAAAUUCAAAAUUUUGUGCUGAAAAAAUCCACGUGGCAUUUUUUAUUCGAAAAUUUUCAGAUCCUUCAAUUUUUUUUUCAAAAAUCUGAAAUUUCAAAUUUUCAAAUCUCAGUCAAAAAUUUCAGAAUUCAGUAUUUUCUGCUGAAAAAAUCCACGUGGCAUUUUUCAGUCGAAAAUUUCAGAUUUUUCAAAAUUUUUGAGUUUUCAAAAUAUUCAGAAUUCAGAAUUUUUGCUGAAAAAUUGCCACGUGACAUUUUUCCAGACGAAAAUUUCAGAUUUUUCAAAAAUCUGAAAAUUCGAAUUUUCCCAACCCAGGCCAUAUUGGGUAUCAAAAUGAUCAGAAAACCAGGCCGCGGCCUCCAACCGGGCCUGAAACUUAGGCUUACUCAAAGCCCUAUCUUGCAGGCCCCACAAAAUCCGGGCUCCCCGUGCUCUUCUUCAUCCAUGGCGGCGGUUUCAUCAUGGAUUCCCCGCAGAUCUUGUUUCCCGCCAAAAUCUGCCCGCAACUCGUGUCAAAGCGGAUCAUCGUUGUCACAUUUCACUACAGGCUUGGGCUUCUAGGCUUUGCCGGACCGGGCCCAAAAAAUCUGGGCCUAUGGGAUCAAUUAGAGGCGUUGAAGUGGACUCAUGAAAAUAUCGGAGCUUUUGGAGGCGACGCGGAAAACAUUACGAUCUGCGGACAUUCCGCGGGUGCCGUAGCCGCGGAUCAGCUCUCACUCUCUCCGCAUGCUUCCGGACUAUUUGCGCGCAAGAUUUUGAUGGGCGGAACUGCGGAGUGUCGUUGGGCGACGCGGAAAAGCGAAGAGGUUGAUGAGUAUUGUGAAAAAUGGGCAGAGAGAAUUGGAUGGAAGCGGAACGCGGAAGAGUUGGCCGGGUUUUUGAUGCGGAUCGAUGCGGAAAAGUGAGUUUAGAACUGGGAGCCUACAUUAUUCCUAGCUGCUAGAAAUUCCAGAUUUUUUGACACCAAAUAAGCCUACGGUAGAUCAUACAGUAACCCUAGGCUUAUUUAGACUCAAAAAACGUGGAUUUCUCUCUACAGUAACCCUUUUCGCGCCAAAACCCACAGUACCCUUUCAGACUCGCCUCAACAAUGUUGCUCAACUCGGACUUCCCGGCCAAAUGUCAUUUCGCUGUGGGACCCGUCUCAGAUGACGGCGAUUUUUUUCCGCAAGACAUCGAUGUGUUGCGGAAGACCGCUCCGCGUGUUCCGCAAAUAAUCGGAGGCGGAAAAUAUGAGAGUCUACUGUUUCAUGCGAUUUAUUGGCCCAAGUUGAGGGGGACCAAGAAGCAGGUGGAAAAUUUGUUGGAGGUACAGUAAUCCAGGGGUACUGUAGUUUCUGAGCUCCAAAAACCCUCUAAUUUUCACAGUAUUUUAUUCCUCUUGAAAUUUUCUACAAAAUGAGCUACUGUAAUCCAGGGGUACUGUAGUUUUGUAGUUUCAUUUUGUACCUCUUGAAAUUUACUAGAAAUUGUGUUACAGUAAUCCAGGGGUACUGUAGUUUCUGAGCUCCAAAAAACCCUCUAAUUUUCAUAAGAUUUUGUAGCCCUUCAAACUCCCUACAAAAUGAGCUACAGUAAUCCAGGGGUACUGUAGUUUUUAGCAUCAUUUUUUUUAGGAAAUCGCUCGCCAAUCAAACCUGGAUCUCUCAAAAAUCAAAAAUAUUAUCGAAAAAAUCUACGGUGAUCUUCAGAAUCCCGAAAAUUUUGUGAAUUUGACGUCAGACCUCUUUGUGAAUCACGGAAUCUACAAAAAAAUGGAGCAGAAUCGCGAAAUCUUCGCCUACACAUUCAACUAUCAGAGUUCGAAAUUGUGGGGAGCUCUGCGCAUUUUCGCGCCAUUCCCAGGCGCCACACACCACAGAUUUGACCUAUUUUUUCGACGCCAAUUAUAUGCGCGCGGUUGGCGGCGGAAAUGCGGAAGACGCGCGGCGUGUGCGCAACGCCGCAGAAUAUCUGGUGAAUUUUGUGAAAUGCGGUGAACCUGGUGGUGAAUGGCGGGAAAUUGGCGAUGAUUUGGAGGUUUUUGGAUUCGAGGAAAAUUCGGGUUCAAUGCAAACAUCGGAAUUUGUGGAGAGAAUGCGAAAAUUGGAGGAAUUGUUGAGAAAUGUUGAAUAA